AUGGGGGGUGUCAGCAUGCUCUUCAGAGCCAAGGAAGCACAGAAGUUCAGGACACCAGAGCCAAGACCAGAGGCCCUGGUGGAGCAGCGAGUGGGCACAGUGGAUCCCGUCAUGGAGAAGUUCCACGCAUCCAUCACCUACGACCGGCACCUGUGGGAGGUGGAUGUUCAAGGCAGCAGAGGCUACAGCAGGGGCCUGGAGAAGGCAGGGCUCCUCACCAAGGCCGAGAUGGACCAGAUACUCCAUGGCCUAGACAAGGUGGCUGAGGAGUGGGCCCAGGGCACCUUCAAACUCAGCCCCAAUGAUGCUGACAUCCACACAGCCAACAAGCACCGCCUGAAGGAGCUCAUUGGUGAAACUGCAGGGAAGCCACACACGGGACGGAGCUGGAACAACCAGGUGGUCAUGGACCUCAGGUUGUAGACGCAGACCUGCUUCACACUCUCAGGGCUCCUCUGGGAGCUCAUCAGGACUGUGGUGGAUCAGGCAGAGGUGUGA